GGCGCCGGGACCAUCAUGGCGGGGCCCGGCUGGGCGCCCCCGCGUCUCGAUGGCUACAUCCUCACCGAGCGGCUGGGCAGCGGCACGUACGCCACGGUGUACAAGGCCUACGGCAAGAGGGAUACCCGGGAGGUGGUGGCCAUCAAGUGUGUAAGCAAGAAGAGUCUGAACAAGGCGUCGGUGGAGAACCUGCUGACGGAGAUCGAGAUCCUCAAGGCUAUCCGGCACCCCCACAUCGUGGAGCUGAAGGACUUCCAGUGGGACGGUGACAACAUCUACCUCAUCAUGGAGUUCUGCGCGGGCGGCGACCUAUCCCGCUUCAUCCGGAGCCGCCGCAUCCUGCCCGAGAAGGUGGCGCGCAUCUUCCUGCAGCAUUUGGCCAGUGCCCUGCAGUUCCUGCACAGCCGGAACAUCUCUCACCUGGAUCUGAAGCCGCAGAACAUCCUGCUGAGCUCCCUAGAGAAGCCUCACCUCAAGCUGGCCGACUUUGGCUUCGCACAGCACAUGUCCCCCUGGGAUGAGAAGCACGUGCUCCGAGGCUCCCCCCUCUACAUGGCCCCCGAGAUGGUGUGUCGACGCCAGUACGAUGCCCGGGUGGACCUCUGGUCUGUCGGCGUCAUCCUGUAUGAGGCUCUUUUUGGCCAGCCGCCCUUCGCCUCCAAGUCAUUCACAGAGCUGGAGGAGAAGAUUCGUAGCAACCGAGUCAUCGAGCUUCCUGCUCGGCCGCAGCUCUCCCAGAAUUGCCGAGAUCUCCUGCGGCGGCUCCUGGAGCGGGACCCGGACAGGCGCAUCUCCUUCAAGGACUUCUUCGCUCACCCCUUUGUGGACCUCGAGCACAUGCCCAGCGGGAGGAGCCUGGAGCAGGCAACUGCUCUGGUCGUGGAUGCUGUGAAGAAGGACCAGGAGGGAGACGCCGCAUCUGCCCUGUCUCUCUACUGCAAGGCGCUGGACUACUUUGUUCCAGCCUUACACUAUGAAGUGGACACCAGGCGCAAGGAGGCGAUUAAGGCGAAGGUGGCUCAGUACGUGUCGAGGGCCGAGGAGCUCAAAGCCCUGGUCAGCUCCUCCAACCGGGCCCUUCUGCAGCAGGGCACCUGCGCGAGAGACCUCCUCAGAGAAAUGGCCAGAGACAAGCCGCGCCUCGUGGCUGCCCUGGACGUGGCCUCCGCCGCGAUGGCCAAGGAGGAGCAGAGCCAAGAGGACGGGGACGCCCUGGACCUGUACCAGCAGAGCCUCGGGGAGCUCCUGCUGCUGCUGGCAGCCGAACCUGCGGGGAGGAGGCGGGAGCUGCUGCACGCCGAGAUCCAGACUCUGAUGGGCCGAGCCGAGUACCUGAAGGAGCAGCUCAAGAUGAAGGAGAAUCGAUGGGAAGCCGAGUCCGUGGACAAAGAUGGACUGUCCGAGUCUGUCCGAAGCUCCUGUACGCUGCAGUGACCUGGCCCGACAGUCGGCCGGCGCCCUCAUCUCUGACAUCCUGCCGCCAGAUGCCAG